AUGUACCAAUCAUAUGUAUAUAAACGCUCAUUGCCUUCGGGUUUGGAUGUUACCCUGGCCGUCAGCUCUCCAGUCCCUCCAGCGAACGAAACAAACACUCUCAGCUACGGCGAACGAGCGGCCGGAGCCACACUCGCCGUUCUCGCCUUCUCCAUUAUGUGCAUCGCCUACUGGACCCUCGCAAAGGUCACCGGCUAUCUCCUCUGUACUGCCAAAUACCCUUCUGCCGCGUUGGCGGCGAAUAUUGGUACAAUUCUCGAGGCCGCCUGGCCAGAGUCCACCAGAGCAGCAGAUGAUCUCGCUUGCGAGAGGAAGAGAAAUCUUCGCAAUGCAAUCCGGCUCAUAUACUUGGGAGACGUGACGGAUGAGCAGCACCCACACAGGAUUGGCAGAGGCAUGUCUCAAUGCGAAGCUACAAAACCUGACGGAGUAUCUGAGUGCUUCCUUUGGAUCGCUGGUGGCUGCCCCAUCAUGAAGGUUGUAAUUCAGAUAGCCAUCUGGGAAUGGGUCAGCAUCUGGCUGAUGGUACUCACCUUGUUGGUGACGUUGAUCCAUAACAGCUUCUUCAGCCACGGGGAAGGCCCUGACAGCAAGCCGCGGCUCUUUGUGGUUUGCAUUUACGCGGGGUGCUUUGCCAUCCAUGCCUGUCUUGUCUUGUUCUUGUGUCUGGGAAUCUUGACCCAGGCUUGUGCCAGUCAGGCCUGGAGCUUGCUGAAUCGAUGCCACUUCGCUGUCGUCGACCGCCAUCAGCUUGUCGAGCACAUCCGUGACGAGCGCAACCCCCUCGAGUUUGGUCAAAUCGAGAAAUCGGGCAUUGCAAGUACUUCCUUGUCCGAACCCGGUAGCUACCUCGCUGCCCUUGAAGGCCGCGACCCGGCCCCAAGGACUACACGAUCCGAGGCGGAGAAGGAGAGACUCGACAUGGCACACCGCGAUGUCGCACACAAUCAAGAGAAGUUCCGAGACGACAUGGGCACGUGUGCUGACAAGGCUCUGGACCUGGUGCUCCUCAACAUUGUUACUGCACUCAACAUCUGCGUUACCCAGGCCUUCAGCGCUUGGACAAAGAGGCCGCUGAUAGACAACGCGAGCACGCAGAUCGGCUCCAUUGCCUUGGCGACUGCCGUCUUGUUGGGAAUGGCGUCCAUGUUCCGCAGUGCACUACAGCUGAGCACGGUGAAACAAACGUACGGCCUGCUCCUUGGCCUGAAGGAAAUCAAGACCAAUCUUCAAGUCCUGGAGUAUGCCGACGGCCGUCCGUUCCGGGGCUCAAUUGUUGGCUUUUUCCAUGGAUACCUUGAGGCCCAUCCCAUUACCCUGGCAUCACUCCUGCCCACAUCCAGCUGGGUCGCAAUGUUGCAGGCGUUGUUGUUUGGCCCCAUGUUCUCCCUGCUUCCCAAUGCAGAUGAACGCACGCGGCGCUCAAAUGGCACCAACGGCAAACUGUGUGUCCAGGCCAUGGGCCAGGAUGUGGUGUUUACUACAUACGGCACAAACAGGCAGAGCAUCGACUCACAGGCUUUUCAGAACGUCAACUCAAUCAACGUCUGCUGCAGCUUCGACCGGGCCCGGUUUGACGAGGUGUUCAAGGAGUCCAGCGAGCCAGAUCCGACAGAAAGUCCCGAGAUGUCGGGGAAACAGAAUACAGGCCCAGUCUCCAUCCCGUCGUCCUCCACGUCUACGCCGCGUUCCAGUGGCAUUGAGCUCCGGAAGCUCUAUCGAAGUACUUGCUCCGAACGUCCAUAG